CCCUCCGUACAUUACCCUCGUUUCCUUUUUCUCAUAUCUUUUUCGAUUUAGGGCAAAACAAAUGUAAGAAGAGACCCAAACAAAAAGGCAGCAACUCGCUCAGAUUCAGCUCACGUAAUUUCUUUUAAAAAGGUUAAAAAAGAGGACAAUUCACGCUUGUUGAUCUAACUUGCAGGCUAUAAUCACUCUAGCAGAGUCUCAAAUCAGGAUUGUGCCAACUUAUACUCAAGACAUUGAAGGCUGCUGCUUCUCAACAAGGAAUGAUUUUUUGCAUGUCCUAUUGACAUGCCAUGUCGGGGUUACUUAAUUCUUCCGUCAACGGAUCAGCAUCAAAUCUUCCAGACAGUAGUGGACGUUUGUUUGCAACAUCUUUUUCUGGUCAGUCUGGCGCAGGUUCCCCUGGAUUCCAUCACACUGGAACUAUUCAGGGCCUGCAUAGUAUUCAUGGUAGCUUUAAUGUUCCCAAUGUGCCUGGUACUCUCACAUCAAGAAACUCAAUGUUGAAUGUUCCAACUGGUGUUCAACAACCUACUGGGAACCUUUCUAGUGGAAGAUUUGCAUCAAAUAAUCUUCCUGUCGCUCUUUCUCAGUUAUCUCACGGCAGUUCGCAUGGACAUGCUGGAGUUAUCAAUAGAGGAGGUAUUAGUGUUGUAGGGAACCCUGGAUUUAGUAGUAACACAAAUGGAGUUGGUGGUUCUAUACCUGGGAUUCUCCCAACUUCUGCCUCAAUUGGUAACUGCAAUGCUGUUCCAGGAUUGGGAGUUUCCCCAAUUUUGGGAAAUGCAGGUCCUAGGAUAACAAGUUAUUUGGGGAACAUGGUUGGCGGGGGCAACAUUGGAAGGAGCAUAAGUUCUGGUGGAGGAUUAUCUGUAUCUAGUCUUGCUUCACGUCUGAAUAUAGGUGCCAAUAGUGGAUCUGGGAAUCUAAGCAUGCAGGGCCAGAAUAGGAUGAUGAGUGGGGUGCUUCCUCAAGGAUCUCCUCAGGUAAUGUCAAUGUUUGACAAUUCUUAUCCAACUGCUGGGGGCCCACUUUCCCAGAGCCAUGUUCAAGCUGUGAACAAUCUUAGCUCUAUGGGAAUGUUGAAUGAUGUGAACUCAAAUGACAAUUCCCCUUUUGACAUGAACAACGACUUCCCUCAGUUGACAAGUCGUCCUAAUUCUGCUGGAGGGCCUCAAGGACAAUUGGGUUUAUUGCGAAAACAAGGUCCGAGUCCCAUUGUUCAACAAAACCAAGAGUUCAGCAUUCAAAAUGAAGAUUUCCCUGCUUUACCAGGAUUUAAAGGUGGUAACCCUGAUUAUGGAAUGGAUUUGCAACAAAAAGAACAACUUCAUGACAAUCCCAUGUUAAUGAUGCAAUCUCAGCACUUCUCUAUGGGGAGGCCUGCAGGAUUUAACUUGGGUGGGUCUUAUUCUUCUCAUCGCCCACAGCAGCAACAUGCUCCAUCAGCCAGUGGCAGUGGCGUCUCCUUUUCACCUGUAAACAACCAAGAUCUUCUCCAUUUACAUGGCUCUGAUAUUUUCCCAUCUUCAUAUUCGAGCUACCACUCGCAGACCAGUGGAUCACCUGGGAUUGGGCUAAGACCUCUAAAUUCCUCAAAUUCGGUUUCUGGUAUGGGUUAUGACCAGCUUAUCCAUCAAAACCAGUCCCAGUUUCGUCUGCAACAGAUGUCAGCUGUCAGUCAGUCAUUUAGGGAACCUGGGAUGAAAUCAAUGCAGUCUGCACAGUCUAAUCCUGACCCGUUUGGAUUACUUGGUUUGCAAAGUGUGCUAAGGAUGAGUGAUCCUGAUCUGACUUCUCUUGCUCUUGGAAUUGAUCUAACAACACUUGGGUUAAAUUUGAAUUCAUCAGAAAAUCUUUACAAGACAUUUGGCUCUCCAUGGUCUGAUGAACCGGCUAAGAGUGAUCUGGAGUUCACUGUCCCACAAUGUUAUUACACGAAGCAACCUCCCACUUUACAUCAAGGCUAUUUUUCAAAGUUCACAGUGGACACAUUGUUCUAUAUAUUUUACAGCAUGCCAAAAGAGGAAGCUCAAAUAUAUGCUGCAAAUGAACUUUAUAAUAGAGGCUGGUUUUACCAAAAGGAGCACCGCUUCUGGCUGAUAAGGGUUCCCAACGUUGAGCCACUGGUCAAGGCAAGCACUUACGAGAGGGGUUCUUAUCAUUGUUUUGAUCCGACCACAUUUGAAACAGUCCGCAAGGAUAAUUUCGUUCUUCAUUACGAGAUGUUGGAAAAAAGGCCAGCAUUACCUCAACGUUAGUAAGUUCUUUUUCCGAUAAACGCACGAGUAUGCAAGUCAUUCAUUAGCGUUACUGUUUUUUUUUCCUUAGCAAUCUUUAUCAUCUCUUUGUUCCCUUUUUUUUUUUUAACAAUGAGCAGCCAUUGUAGCCUUUUUUGUGUGUGUAGUCUCUAGAAAGUUUUAAGAUGAUUGAUAAGUCUGAUUAAUGCAUGACAAAUAGCACAUCAUCAAUGAGUGACAUGGUCUAGCCAUCCAUUCAGGGCUGGUUUUUUGAUAACUUGAUGACUAGUUAAUGAACGGGAGCUAGCAAUUCUGUAUGGGAAAAU